AUGAAGGGGCUGAAGAGAAAUGGGUCUGGCCCUGUGCUGCCUAGGAACAGUAAGGCUCAGUCUCUGGUUUAUUCUGUUUUCUUGCAAUUUAAGCCUUUUGUUGCAGCCCUGCCUUUCAACUCCUGAGUGCAGACAGAGGAAAUGUUCUGGUGACUGACAAGGGGUCCUAAAAAAGCCAUGGGUUUUGCUUUAAUGCACCACAUCAAACGGCCCAAAGCAAACGGCUAAAGCAGGUGCCUGACGUUCAACACGGCAGAGGUAGAUUUUAUUUUGACAUUGCAAGCUUACCUAAAAUACUGCAGUGCCAUCUAUAUUACAGGGCAGCUAGAAUUUAAAAAGUUGUUUUGAACCAGUCACUCUUGCGCAGAUGGUGAAGGUGUGUGUUUGUGUUUUUAACUGUGACUUUGAGUCAGUGUGAGUGUGUACAGUAGCUGCAAGUCUAUGCAGUGUGUUGUAUUUCCAUACAAUGUCAUUAUUCCAAGUAGGCUCCAUACACCUGUAUCAAUUGGCAUUGCCUCUCUCUCCUUUUGUCUCUCCCUCUGUCUCUCCCUCACUCCCUUUGAUCAGGGAUUAUUCCGCUCUGUCAUCCAAUUUCUCUUCUCCUCCUUUCAUCCCCCCUUCCCCUCCUCUGUUCAUAAAGCUGAGGGAAGGCAGAGGAGCAGAGACGAGGCCGGAUAGCCUUAUCACCACACUCAAUAGCUGUGUGCAACCAGAGCCCAUACAGAAGGGGCUCUCUCACGCCCGCCGUGUAUAGAGAAGCCUGUCAAAUCCGUCUGUUGAGUGGUGGCCACUGCUUGUUUUACCGGUUCACAGAUUCGGUUCACUCCACUGCCAAUUCAUACGAAAUGGUUUAGCUUAGGCAUCGACGAUGUACUAGGACUUUGUUUUCAGUACAGGGACUUGGAUUUGUUUAUUUCAGCGUCGAUUAAAUAUGUAUUAAUAGUUUUAUGGUGUUUUAUAAUAGCAUCUUUAGAAAUAUGUCUAUACAGAUGCAGGAUUUUAAUUUGAGCCAGUUUGCUAUUGCAGGAAAAUAAUCCUGCAGCAAUGGGAAAUGUGAAUUAUUAUGUGGAUUAUAAUUCAUGGACAUUUUUGUAGUGGUUGAUAUAUUUUCCAUAAGGGAAAAUCAAGUCUGAAAUUUCAAAGUGGAAAUCACAAACUUUAGAAGCCUUUUAAAAACUUAAAUACACUACAAAUUUGCAUUUCCUGCUGUGCAGGAACAUUUUCUGCAACAAAAAAGUGAUCAAAUUAAGAUCCUACAUCUAUACAUUAACUGCAACAGCUACUUAAUCAACUGGCCUGCCUGCAUGCUACAACAGCAAAUAAACAAUGGAACAACUGUAUGCAGUCAAAACAGAGACACUGCUAGCUUUUUCAAGCAUUUCAAUGACUCAAUAAAAUGUCAUGGAUAUUACAAACUUCAAAAGCGUUUUUAAACCUCAAAUACACUACAAGUUUAACAUUUCCAGGAAAGCUCUCCUGCAUCAGGGUGACCAAAUUAAGAUCCUACAUCUGUAUGUUUUCACACUCCUCCUGUGGACAUUUUUGUCUUCGAAAGUGGAAGGAAAAUUAGGGGGUGGGGAGUCUGACUAGAGGUCAUGACCAUUGAGUAGAAUCAACAGCUGCAGACUGUAUUGGGUCAAAGGUGAAGUUGGUUUACAUGGGAAAGUCCCUGGCAGGGGUAGACUAGAGUCCCCAAGUGAGAUACUCUUCCUAAAAACUGUUAACCAUAACAUGUAACCCAGUACAGGGACAGAACACAUAGUCCAAAGAGGACGAUAUGGACAGGACAGAUACUGUACACCCAGCUGAACAAGUACUUAAGGGUAAAUGCCUGAGCAACUUACCCCUGAUCAAAGGUUCCUGCAACAGCUCUCCUAAAACUGGGUCCCCCCAUGUCUCAGGCCGCCCAUUAAAUCCCCCCAGGACAGCAGGAUGUUAGAAAUGUGUGUCCAAGGAGUGAGAAGAGGGAUGGUCCAAAUGAAAGAUGUCACUGGGGGGGGGGGAGAGUGGAGGUGAAUCAGUACCAACUGGUCCCAUUAACAACCUGAUUAUAGCCUGUCAAAAGCCACCUUGUGAGACAAUAUCUCCUCUCCUCUGACCCAGGCUAGGAGGCUCCAUACUGGGCCAGACCAGCCACCUAGGCCCUGCCUCCUUGCUUGAUACAAAGACCCACUUCCACCAGAAUUGGUCCUGAGCUAAUCCCCUCUAACCCAUGAUAGCUUUAUGGGUUUAUGCUGAAGGAGAGGGAAAAAGGAGACUGACUACCACGGCUUUAAUCAGUAAUUGGUUCAAAAAACAUUUAGACUGCAAACUGAUACUUACAUUUCAGCUUUCGCCAGCGUGCCGCUCCGCUCCGAAAACAAAACAAAAGCGGAUACAUGUUUUUUCCGAGGCUUAGCCCUGGCCAACACCUCGCACUCAGGAUUUAUGGACCGUUAGCAUGGGUAUGAAAUGUCAGCUCAGGCUCAGCCUGUCUGUUUUCCAUGACUGGCACAGAGACACACAGCCAGGCAGCCAAUCAGGACUCAAGCAAAGAUGACAGUGAUUAUUUAAAACAUGGGCAGGGAUAACAGUGUGACUCGACCCCUGGUGUGGCUUAGUGGGAUUCUGUAGUGUAGAUGACUCAAUAGGUUCAGUAAACGUACUGGAAAGAACUACAGUAACUUACAAAUCAUGGACUACAACAUACUGUAUCCACUUACAGAUGUAGGAUCUUCAUUCAUGCCAGCUUGCUACAGCAGGAAAACAAUCCUGCAGCAACAGGAAAUGUGAAUUAUUAUGUGGAUUAUAAUUAAUUGACAUUUUUGUAGGGGUUGAUACAUUUUUCAUUAGCGCAAAUCAAGUCUGAAAUUUCAAAGUGGAAAUCACAAACUUUAGAAGCCUUUUAAAAACUUAAAUGCACUACACGUUUGCAUUUCCUGCUGUGCAGGAACAUUUUCUGCAACAAAAGAGUGAUCAAAUUAAGAUCCUACAUCUAUACAUUAACAGCUACUGUACUUACUCAACUGGCCUGCCUGCAUACUACAACAGCAAAUAAACAAUGGAGCCUAACAACUGUAUGCGGUCAAAACAGAGACACUGCUAGCUUUUUCAAGCAUUUCAAAGACUCAAUGACUUCUAUCACAUUAGUGUAUUGGCCUGGUAUAACUAACUUAGAUUGUAUCUGUGUGUCUGUCAGGUGUGCUGGAGAUCAAGUCAGUGGAUGUUGGGAUCGUGGCCAUCAAGGGGCUCAGCAGUAACUUUUACCUGGCAAUCAGCAAGAAAGGAGAGCUGUACGGCGCGGUAAGUUUAGCCUGUCAUGAAAUUCACACACAGAAUAACAAUAUCCCUAACUACAAAUGUAGCUAAUUAUUUGGUUGAGAAUACAAACUUCCCAUUAGACUGAUUCAGUGUUCAGAACACUCACUAGUUAGACGCCAGCUAGUGUUUUUACACCGCCACCUUACUGUUAAAAUCAACUCUCCUCCAUACUAUACUCUCGUAAGAAGUGGGCUCCUUUGAUGUUGUGUGAGAGCUCUUCUCUCCCUUGUCCUCGGGCCCUUAGAGAAGCCUAGGGUUGUUUUAAAGGACAGUUCCACUCCACUGCCCGUAAAUAAUCCUCUAGCACAUGUCGGCCCAGCCAAAAGAGUUGUCGUCUAGAAGAAAGUAAGCCGAGACGCCCCUACAGCCCCUCUCUCCCAAAUACACAGAUCCUCCCAUAUACCACACCAUGCUUGUGCUCUGCUCUAUUCAGACCAGAGAAACACAAUACAACAGCCUCUCCAUUCUACUAAAAGCCCUCAAGGGCUACCGGCACUGUUUCAUGCGCUCUCAUACAACAUAAUCUAAAACAUAACAGUAAAAGGCUGUUACUACGGCUCUCACAGUAGUGAAAUCAGAUGAAAUGAGACACAAAAAACAUUCUAGCUAGGAAAAUAAUUCCAAUUACAUAUUCUACUAUGUCACACUAAGGUACUGUCAUUCAUUCAGUAAAGCAUUGGUGGCUUGUCUGUCCCUCAUUAAACAAGCAUUACAUUAUGAUAAGCUUGUUCUAACUUCAUAUAUACCAUUUUGUGGGAGAUUAUUUUCACACACGUUUCCAUGAGAAAGAGGUAGCCGACGUGAGUUAAACACUAGGCAGAAAAAAUAUUCUCAUAUGCUUUGGGAACAUUCAGUUUACUUCUGGAACCAAUUUGAAGAGCUGUGGCUAAAGAGCAUUUGGGAAAGGAACAUUCUUUACUGGAUCACAACUGUAUUCAUUUUCGUGUCUAGUUAGUCAGAACACUAAAUGACAAGAGCAGUCUGUUAGAAGCUUGAUGGACCCUACUGCUGUUAUGACUCUGCAAGUCUGCAUUUACACUGUUGUUUAGCUUGCCUUAAUGGAGCUAAACAACCUGGAUAUCUGGAUGGGAACUUCUGCUUAAUGAAGAAAUUAUGCAAAUGUAGACCCCAGUUCCAUUUCCCGUGCUGCCAAAGUUGUUGAAUCACACACUUACAAUUUGUUUUUAUUGUUUGUUCUCCAGAGGGACUUUGGUGUUGACUGUCGGUUGACCGAGCGGAUUGAGGAGAACAGGUACAACACCUAUGCCUCAGCAGAGUGGCGGAACAAGAAGAAGGCCAUGUUCGUGGGGCUGAGCGCCAACGGCAAGCCCAUGAGGGGCAAGAAAACACGAAGGAAAAACACUGCCACCCACUUCCUGCCCAUAGUGGUGUAG